CUCACUCUCUCUCACAUAGCCACAGUAACUGAACUCAAUACCAAACAGAGACCAAGAUGGCCGAGCAAACUUUCAUCAUGAUCAAGCCCGAUGGCGUUCAAAGAGGCCUCGUUAGGGAGAUUAUUAGCAGGUUUGAGAAGAAGGGUUUCUACUUGAAAGGUUUGAAAUUUGUGAAUGUGGAGCGUGCUUUUGCUGAGAAGCUUUAUGCAGAUUUGUCUGCAAAGCCUUUCUUUAGCGGAUUGGUGGAUUACAUUAUCUCUGGCCCUGUUGUUGCCAUGAUCUGGGAGGGUAAGAAUGUUGUGACAACCGGAAGAAAGAUAAUCGGUGCCACAAAUCCUGCUCAAUCUGAGCCUGGAACUAUCCGUGGUGACUUUACCAUUGACAUUGGCAGAAAUGUUAUUCAUGGAAGUGAUGCUGUUGAAAGUGCUAACAAGGAAAUUGCUUUGUGGUUCCCUGAGGGUGCUGCUAACUAGAAAAGCAGCCUUCAC